ACGCAACGUUGCGUGCGCGCGGCCGAGAGAGAGCGCGCCAAACCUGGAAGUGCGUGAGGCAGCUUUGUGUUGUUUUCUGACAGCGAGGGCGCUUUCGAAUUAAUUAGUGAUGGUUUCAGAGGCGGCGGCUAUUCGUAAGUUCGUCUCUGGAGAGCUGCAGAGGUGCUCAGACUUCAGCACUUUAACACUUGGCAUACUCCGAAAGAAGUAUCUGGAGCAUGUGGGUAAGGACUCGCUUUCUGCAGAACACAGACAGUUACUCAAGCAAAUCGUAGAAGAGGAACUUUUAAAGAUGCAGGACAACAGCAGUGACGAUGAACCUUUAAUAAAGCACGUGGUUUCAUCACAGAAGCAAAAUAAACGGAAAAGGCAAGAGGAGGAGGAGGAACAAAACAAAGAUGUAUCCAGAAAGAAGAAAUCACGUGUUGCUCCAGAUCCCCCAGAUUCUCCAGACUCUGGAAUAGAGAAAGCAGCAAAUGAGAAACAGCUUAAAGAUGAUGAUGAGGAGGAGGAGGAGGAGGACAUGGAAGAAGAGAGCGAAGAAGAGCAGAACACAAAGGUUCAAAGGAGGAAGACUAAAGAACAGCAUCAUGUGAAAAAGAACAGGAAGGAGGAAAUGAGCUCAGAAAGUGAUGAGGAGGAGAAGAAAAAUAAGGGAAGGAAGGGGGAGGUUUUAGAUAGUGAGGAAGAUGAUCAAAUCAGCUUCAGCAGUUCAGAUGAAGACAAAGAAAAUCAGCAAGACAAAGCCAGAGGUGGAAAGAUGAAGCAAAGCACAAGCUCUGACAGCGAGGAGGAGGUGAGCAAUGAAGAGAUGAAAGAUGAGGACAAAGAAAAUCAAAAGAAGGAACAAGCCAGAGGUGGAAAGAGAAAACAAGGUGCGAGUUCAGACAGCUCGGAGGAGGUGAGUGGUGACGAGAUGCAAAACAAAGGUGAGAUAAAGGUUGGACAAAGAAGCAAAGCAGCAGCUCAGAAGAAGAGGAAAAGAAAAGAGGACGAAAAAGGGCCACAGUCACCAGAGAGUGAGGCUGUGAGAAAAGUGCAGAAGGAAGUGUUUGGGAGUAGCUCUGAAAGUGAAGAAAACGAGGCGAUGAAAACAGAAAGGAACCGAAUGAGUGAGAGCAGUGAUGAUGAGAGCGAUAAGGAAACGAGCAAAAAGAAGGAUGUUGAUGAAGUGUCCUCUGAUGAAGAAGUGAAAGAAACAGUGAAAGCAAAAGAGAAAGACAGGGAAGGGGCAGACGAUUCAGACUCUUCCUCCUCUUCUUCCUUGCCCUCUCUGGAGGAGGACGAAGAAGCAGGGAGGGUAAAGCCGAAACAGGAAGAAGAGACGAAAAAGAGUGCGUCAAAGAAAAAACAUACUGACAUGAGCAGGAGCAAGGCCAAAAGAGGAAAGGAUGAGGAGGAUAAAGCUGUGUCGAGACUUAAGCGCUACAUCGCCCUCUGUGGUGUAUGGCGUAACUAUAAGAAGCUGUUCGAGGGCUGUCGCUCGGUGAAGGCCAAAGUGACUGUGCUGAAGAACGAACUGAGAGAGCUGGGAGUGGAAGGUCAGCCAUCCAUAGAGAAAUGUAAGAAGGCCAGAAUUAAGAGGGAGGAAGCUCAGGAGCUGGCAGGACUGGACGUCAGCAACAUAAUCACCACUCAGGGUCGUCCUAAACGGCGAGCUGCAGCACCGUGGACGAAUCUUCCGAGCAGUUCACCUGCACCAUCAGCCUACAAACGUGUGGUGAACUCUGACUCCGACAGUGAAGAGGAAAACGCUAACAGGCGGCGCAAGAGAAACACAGACUGGAGCAACCUGCAGGGGAUCAUCAGCGAUGACGCAGACAGCAACUAGGCAGAUUUCUCACCAGACAAAUGUUCAUAAUGUAUUGUUCAAGCAUUUCAGACUAAAUUUCUAAGUUUGUUACUGUGUUUUGCUAUGAUUAAUAUUUCAAUGUACUACUUUUAUAUAUUAAUGUUCCUUUAUUCAAUUUUUUGAAAUAAACAAUUAUUUGUA